AAUGGCAGCUCUCACCUGUUCCUUUUUUUAUGUGUGAGCUAAAUGCUUUACCCUUAAGUUGAUUCUCUGGGCACCCGUGGCUCCUUGUCUGGAAGGACGUGUGGGUCUUCCCCACGGAGGAGUGAUUAUCCGAUCAGCUUCUUCUACCCUUGACCUGCCUGCAGGCUGACAGUGUUCUCUGGCACCUGCUGUGGUCCUGAGCGGUGACGUGUGCAGAGGCUUGAGGUCUCUGGAGCCGGGAGGUGGGGCUGGGGGUGAGCAUCCUGGCUGUGGGUCUGUUUGCCGGGUAGUGGUGACCCCCGAGAUGCUGGCAGUCAGGGGCUGAUCCACACUCCUUCCUAACUCCUGGAUUCUUGGUGUUUGCGUGUGAGGGAAGGAGAGGAAUUGGGGUCAGUCCCUUGUGGGGGCAAGUCCUGCCCUCGUCAUCUCAGCUGCUAUCAAUGGUAUUUUUUGUGCUCCUCUAACCUUAGGCUUAUUGUAUACAAGAAUAAGAAGGGACAGAAACAGUUCAAGGGUAUUUGAAGACUUACAUAAUAGAAGCCUAGUUUUAUCAUGUCGCAUUAGGAGCAAAUCAUGAGACAAAUCCAUUAAAACAAAUUUUUUUUAACAUUUACUUAUUUUUGAAGGAGAGAGAGAAAAAGUGUAAGCAGGGGAGGAGCAGAGAGCGAGGGAGACAGAAUCCAAAGCAGGCCCCAGGCUCCAAGCUGUCAGCACAGAGCCCGACACAGGGCUCGAACCCAUAAACUGUGAGAUCAUGAUCUGAGCUGAAGUGGGGCACUUAACUGACUAAGGCACCCAGGUGCCCUGAGACAAAUUAAUUUAAUUUUUAAUUUUAUUUUAUUAUUUUUUUAACGUUUUUAUUUUAUUUUUGAGACAGAGACAGAGCAUGAACGGGGGAGGGUCAGAGAGAGGGAGACACAGAAUCUGAAACAGGCUCCAGGCUCUGAGCCGUCAGCCCAGAGCCCGACACGGGGCUCGAACUCACGGACCGUGAGAUCAUGACCUGAGCCGAAGUCGGACGCUUAACCGACCAAGCCACCCAGGGGCCCCCAAAUUAAUUUAAAUAGUUAAAAAAUAUCUUUACUAUUUGCAUCUGUGGUGGCAAGCAUUGAUUAUUGAUUGAUACUCAGUAAAAAUGUUUAUCACCUUUGUCACUAAAGCCGUUGUGCGCCCUGUCUGCAUGGGGGCUCCUGACUCUGAGUGGCCCGGGAGGGGUGGGGGCACUGGGUCUCGGGGCAAGGCCAGGCCACGGGUGGUCUUCCCUUCAGGGGGAUAAUCUGGGCCAGGUCCUGGGGUGGAUGUAAGUGCGGUUUGCUUGUCUGUCUCCGCCUUCCUCCCCUGCACUGGCUUUGGGAGCUCGUCCAGGGAGGUCCUGCCGUGUCUCACGUGCUGGCCGAAACGCUCGGGAAGCCGGUUCUGGGCAGCACAGGUGGAGCAGGAGGCAGUGGGCGAGGACGCAGGCGGGUUCUCUGGACGCCACUCACCCUCUGACGGGCUGCCUCACGUGGCUCAGUGAGCGUGGGCUUUCCAUUUGGGGUUUGGUCUUCCUUCAGGGAAACUGUCUUGUCGUGUCUCCUAAUGUAUAAUUUUCUCAAGAGUUGAGUAAAUACCUGUGGAAUAAACAGGUAAAUAAAUGCUACGUCUCAUGAAGAUGAAAGUUUAGUACCAAGUAUUACAUGACUUAGUCAGUAUUUGUAUUGGUACAGUGAAUUCCAUUAAAAAGCAGGGAUUUUUUUUUUUUUUUAUGGGAUCUUUUCUGCAACACCUUUCACUCAUGUCUCCGUGCUCUUUGGUAGUGUGGGAAGGUGUUCCCGUCCCGUCACAGAAGAGGAAACUGAGGACCCACCUUAGUGACCCAGGCACUUGAAGCUGGUCAGUGACCAGGUUGGGGCCUGGGACCCUGGGCUCUGCGAGUUCAUGUUUGUGAUCUUUUAUUUCAUUGUCAGCCUGAUGGUAAGCUUCUCCCGCGUAAGCGCUGUGGAUAUGCCAGUUUAUCUGUUAGGGGCCCGCCCCCUCACCUUUCCCUCUGCCUCGAAGCUCCGUACGGUCCUCUGAAAGGUGUGCGGGCACGUCCCGGAGGCACAUGCUGCAGGCUGCUGCGGUUGGGGAGCACUCGGCUGCAGAUUCGCUGUGGAUAGUCUGUAGGGGGAGCCCCCACACGUGUGUUAAGUCAGACGGAGGAGGGCGCUCACCGGAUUGGGCCUGGUACAGCGGUUAGAGGAAUGUUUCAAAAAGUGAAAGCGUGACUCCUACAGAUAGGAUGUUUGACGGUGAAGUCUUGGUUAUGAAACCCGUAAGAUUUACGAGCAGUGCGGAGGGGACGUUGCGGAAGCACCUGUGUGUGGAGUAAAGGACGGGGGACAUGAAGGGCGGGCUUGUGCUGUGGGAGGAGGAUGACGUGUUCGCGUGUCUGUGGCAGGAUCCACGUGCACUGCUUGGGGCCCCUGCAGUUCUGGGAGCUGCAAGAUAGCUCCUUGGGGCAGAAUCCUCGGACCCAGAGGGCCAGCCCCCUGCGCUCUGGCAGUCGUGGGGCCUCGAGGCGGGGUCACCCGGCACAGCCCGCCCUGGCCGGCUCGCCCAUAAGGUGUUCUCUCUGUGGCCAGCACAGGUGCCGGUGGCCGAGAGGCUUCAGACAUCGUGCCACACGGAGCGAUGGUCCGACGCGGGAAGCUCUAACAGGAGCCUGCGUGCCCUCCCGCCUCCAGCGAUGCCCCCACCCCAUGCUGGGGAGGGGGCUGUGUGCUCACACCCCACAAGCUGGCGUCCAGCUCCCGUCUGAGGGUCGGUAGUGCCUCUGGGGCGCUCGGCUUGCUGACACUGUUGCCCCGUUGCCGGUGCGUUGAGUCUCUGCUGUGCUGAAACUUGACGGGCGUAAGUUCCAAAGUCGUUCCAGUCAUUUUUGUGUUUGAUGCUUUGAAGACCGUUGUGGCUGACUGACCGUUUCCGGUUGCUUCCCUGUAUUCAGGAUGGACCUAGUUUUUUACCCUCACAGGGGAAGCUGGACUCUUUCAGGGGGAUAGCGAUGUUUCUAGUGUCCUGGGGAUAGAAAUGAGCAUUGCACGGCGUGGGGUGGGUCCGGUGCUGUCCCGAGGGAGCUCAGCAACCCCGGGACGUUUCCUACAUCGUGCUGGUUGCUCCAGCAGACGAGAAAGGCUGGGGUCAGGCAGCCUCCUGAAACGCAGCAGCCUGGACACGAUUCUGUUGCCCCACUCACGGCCUCCGGGUCAGACCUGGGGCCACAGGCCCUCACCCCACAUCCGCCCUGUUGGACAGAAGAGCCGCCCGACAUCGUGCCUGCUGGAGCACGUGGGCUGCUGUCUGGGGUGGGCAGGACAGUGGACAGACGCCUCUGGUUUGGGGGGAAGCCCAGUGAGGUCCUGGGGGGAGUGCCGCUGGGUGUGGGUGUGAUGGAGUCCAGUUCUGUCACACAGGGCACAGUCUGGGGUCUUUGUGAUGUCAGUUCUGGAGACUAAAGCUAGUUUCCUCAAUGUCCAUAUGUGAAAAUAUUCAUAUAACUUGUAGCACAGGGAAAUAUGUAGAAUUGUCAAAUCAUUGUUUUGUGCACCCGAAACUAAUGGAACGCUGUAUGUUAACUCUGUUUGAACUUUAAAAAGUCCACCUUCUAAGACGGUCAUUUCUUUAACAUUAUUUUCUUUUGGGAAGGUGCCUUAAAAAUUUACUGUGUGAGCUCAAGCAGUUUUGAGUGAAAGCAGUCUUAAUGAAGAUGCAUCUUUGCAGCAAAAUCUAACUUGUAUUGUGUGCAUGCUGCAAUGCCAGACUCGUCAUCCUGACCCUCCAGCUUAGGGUUAAGUGUCCGUGGGGACAAAUGACCCAGUGCCCACUUGCUGACUCUUGCAGGUGUGGCUGUGUCCUGGGAACAGCCAGCCCUCUGUCCCUGCACGGCGGUGUCUCCCCCGGCUGCCCUCCGACGUCGUGCCUGCACAGAGCCAGGCUGAGGCCAGGCCCUCCCUCUCCCUGGGCCGGGGCUGCGUCAGGCCGCUGUGUCACAGCCUUGGCCGCUUCUCCGCGUGAUGCCGUGGGUGUUUCCCUGCCUGUGAAACAGAGGGGCAUCUGCAGGAUCCUGGGGUCUGGCCAGCUGUGAGCCAGCCUCGAAGCACCACUUGGGUUGUGUGGGGACAGGCUUGCGGUGCUUGGAGCGGGGUGGCCCCUGCUGAUCUGUGAGCAGGUGGGGCACACUGCAGCAUCCCCACUGGUCCUGGGCCGCGUGUCCAGGGGCCCACACACAGCACUGGCAGGAUGAGGCUCUGUGGCUGUUUCUACCCAGUGGUGUUCCUCACGCUGUGUGCACACAGGUCUUGUCCCUCCGCAUAGAGGCCAGGGGACUGAGCACUUGCAGUGUCAUCAUCCCGUUCCCUCUGAUGGUCCGAGGGACCCUCUGGAAGGAGGUGAGCUCACGGUCUCGCCUUCCGCUGUAGGAGCAGGCUCUGAAUCGUCCCCGUUCACAUGCGUCUUCUGGAUGAACAUCCCACGAGGGUCCCAGACGCUUGCUGUGAACUCACCGAUGGCUGUGUGUCUGCAGGGGUGAGAAGGUCUGUCUUCAGCUGGCCUCUGUCUUCCCCGCAGUCGUGUACCUGGCUCCGGAUGUGACUCCAGUAGAGGACACAUGCCUGCUCCCUCAGAAGCCUGUCCAGAGAGCUGGGGCCGCCCCGCCUGGAGCCUGGAGGGGAUCCCGUGGGACUCCUUUCCCGGCAUUCUAGAGCCUGCGUCCUGGCCGCCCCCAAUCCCACGCGUGGAGAAGUCUCCCUCCACCGGGUCCCAAACACCUCUCCAUGGCAGCCCCAAAGUGGCCAAUACUCAGGAAGUACGGUGUCAGAUUUAGGGCUGUUUACAGGGCAGAUACCCCAGCAUCUUUUGGGUCACCGGGUGUUGAAGCCCAGAGGAUCCAGGAUGGCCAUCUCUCAUGGCGUCAGUGGCACCGAAUAGCGUAAAUGCAGCUCGACCCCAGAAAGCUGGGCGUCAAGGCCCUGCUUCGUGGUUCAGCGCUUGUGUGAUCUUGAGAAAAUACCUAAUUUUUGUACUUGUUUUCUUAACUCCGUGAUGGGGCCUUUCCCAGUGCUGAGGACGUCGUGUCAGGAAGCGCUGAAUACUCAGGAAUGGCCCCUCUUGCGUCCCCAUGCCCUUGUGUGUGAAAUAAUUGCUCAAAGAGCCCGUGCAGAUCGGGGUGGGGUCUAAAAUGGGAAGUUUCUCCUUGGGUUGUACGAUACCUGUUAAAUUUUUUUCCUCAUGUAAACGUGGAUGCAGGAAGAUUUGGGAAUUUGUGCAGUUAAAAAAGGGCUUUUGUAAGGAAGGGUGUUGCUUAUAAACAGUUGAGGUGGCCCAUGACCUUCACCACGUCCAUUCCUGGCUAGUGCUUGCAAAAUGCGACAGGAGUUUUUAAGUUAUCUUACUAUAUACAGUGAGCUUUUUCAGUUACCGUUACUAGAUUCUGUAUAGGAUUCGCGCACUGCUGCUUGGUUACAGCGAGCUGUGAUGAGCCGAGCUGGGCGCAUUCCUGCACCGGUGACUCAGCUAUGACUGUUGUCAGUAAUGAAUGGGGUGUUUUGAUUGCUGCAGGAAGGGCCUGCUGCACACUGUCCCCCAGCCCGUCACCCCUGCAGGCCCUCGUUCGACCUUGGAAGUUCACAGGUGAACGACAGAACCUUCUCCCAUGGAGUGGACCUCCAGUGGGGAAACCGAGGUCGACCCCCAGAUGCACCACAGUCGGGCUGUCCUUCUAGGGGAUCGGCAUGGGCUUGAUUUCUGCAGCACUUGCUGUCCUUAGGGGACCUUCUUGUGACUCUCCUGAAGACCCUUAGCUCUCUGCAGAGACUCGGUAAUCAUGGGACCACGAGAUCAUGACCUGAGCUGAAGUCGGACACUUAACCAACUUGAGCCCCCCAGGUGCCCCUGGAAAUUACAUGUUAAGAACAGAAAGAAACUGCAUUUUAAUUCAUAUCCCAAAUAUAUGACCUGUUAGUUUUUUCUUCUUCCUAUGUGACCACUGUGUUUUUUGCUAGAAAUGUAAAAUUAUAUUUGAAUAUAGUGUUCUAGCUCUUCUCCAAGACUGGCACAUAAUUCUUGAAUGAAAUGUAAAAAUCAGUUGCACAGAACCUUCACCAUUUGUGGCCCAGAAUUUCCCAGUAAGCAGCGUGUUGUAUGUCUCCACAUGGUCCCUCUGCAUUGCGUGACCUGGUGGUUUGCCCCUCAGGUGGCCUUGAACUUGUAGGGACUGUUGAGCACAGAGAAAGUUUCUGAUGACCCUCUGAGUCUCACUGCCCGCAGUCCCUAGAUGUGGGGGCGGGGAGUAUGCUGCUUCUCCGCUGAACCCAAGUUUUAUUUGCCUGACGAGUCUUAUUUGCCUUUCUGUCCUGUGGACUUUGUGCUUUUUCCAACCUGGAACGUAAAUAAAUGAAAAGGGAUGUUCUCUUCCAUCACCAGCCUCUGUUAUGUGCAGGGCUCAGAUCAGCUGGGUAUUUGGAAGUUUCUGUGCACAUCGAUGGCAUUUUUUGUUUUUAAGAAUAAUUUAAAAGUGUGGUUAUUUGUCCUCCAAAUAGGUGACAUCACCCAAAAAGGAUAUGAAAAGAAGAGGUCAAAACUAAUUGGAGCCUACCUGCCCCAGCCUCCGACAGCGAAUGGAGCUGCCGUGGUCCGGUGUAGACUGCAGCACAGUGAAGGAGCCCCGGGAAGAGCGCUGCACUCCGGCAACAUCGGGGUGUGUGACAUCCGAGAAGCCGCGGUCAGAGAGCGGGCGGCCAGCACCGCGGGGAACCGGCCGCUGUUUUACUUUCGCUUCGGGGUGGAUCAAGCUUUGCCUCCUGAGCGCCGGGCUCCAGUCACUCCUGCCUCUUCCACUCGCUAUCACCGCCGAAGGUCCUCAGGGUCACGAGAUGAGCGCUAUCGGUCGGAUGUCCACACAGAAGCUGUGCAGGCAGCGCUGGCUAAACACAAAGAAAGGAAGAUGGCAGUGCCUAUGCCUUCCAAACGCAGGUCCUUGGUUGUGCAGACCUCGAUGGACGCCUACACACCUCCAGAUACCUCUUCUGGCUCGGAAGACGAAGGCUCGGUGCAGGGAGACUCCCAGGGGACCCCCACCUCCAGCCAGGGCAGCAUCAACAUGGAGCACUGGAUCAGCCAGGCCAUCCACGGCUCCACCACGUCCACGACCUCUUCCUCCUCCACCCAAAGCGGGGGGAGCGGCGCCGCCCACAGACUGGCCGACGUCAUGGCCCAGACGCACAUAGAAAAUCACUCUGCACCUCCUGAUGUAACCACUUACACCUCAGAACACUCGAUACAAGUAGAAAGGCCACAAGGCUCAACGACAUCACGGACGGCACCAAAGUAUGGCAACGCGGAGCUCAUGGAGACUGGCGAUGGGGUGCCAGUAAGUAGCCGGGUGUCAGCGAAAAUUCAACAGCUCGUCAAUACACUCAAACGACCGAAGCGGCCGCCGUUACGGGAAUUCUUUGUUGAUGACUUUGAAGAAUUGCUGGAAGUUCAGCAACCGGAUCCGAACCAGCCAAAGCCAGAGGGAGCGCAGAUGUUGGCGGUACGUGGGGAGCAGCUGGGAGUGGUGACGAACUGGCCGCCAUCGCUAGAAGCUGCAUUGCAGCGGUGGGGGACCAUCUCCCCGAAGGCCCCGUGCUUGACCACGAUGGACACGAACGGGAAGCCCCUGUACAUCCUCACUUACGGCAAACUGUGGACAAGAAGUAUGAAGGUCGCUUACAACAUUCUGCAUAAAUUAGGUACAAAGCAGGAACCUAUGGUACGACCAGGAGACAGGGUGGCGCUGGUGUUCCCCAACAAUGACCCCGCCGCGUCCAUGGUGGCCUUCUAUGGCUGCCUGCUGGCUGAAGUUGUUCCCGUGCCCAUCGAAGUGCCACUCACCAGAAAGGACGCGGGGAGCCAGCAGAUUGGGUUCUUGCUUGGAAGCUGUGGAGUCACUGUGGCCUUGACGAGCGACGCCUGCCACAAAGGGCUGCCGAAAAGCCCAACCGGGGAGAUCCCCCAGUUCAAAGGUUGGCCAAAGCUGCUGUGGUUUGUCACAGAGUCAAAGCAUCUCUCCAAGCCCCCUCGAGAUUGGUUCCCACACAUCAAAGAUGCGAACAACGAUACCGCGUACAUAGAGUAUAAGACCUGCAAGGACGGAAGCGUGCUCGGGGUGACCGUGACCAGGAUCGCGCUGCUGACCCACUGCCAGGCUCUCACGCAGGCAUGCGGCUACACGGAAGCGGAAACCAUAGUGAAUGUGUUGGAUUUCAAGAAGGACGUUGGGCUCUGGCAUGGCAUCCUAACAAGCGUCAUGAACAUGAUGCACGUGAUCAGCAUCCCAUAUGCGCUGAUGAAGGUGAACCCGCUGUCGUGGAUUCAGAAGGUCUGCCAGUACAAAGCAAAGGUGGCUUGUGUCAAAUCCAGGGACAUGCACUGGGCGUUAGUAGCACACAGAGAUCAGAGAGACAUCAACCUCUCUUCUCUCCGGAUGCUGAUCGUGGCUGAUGGCGCAAAUCCCUGGUCUAUCUCCUCCUGCGACGCGUUCCUCAACGUCUUCCAAAGUAAAGGCCUGCGCCAGGAGGUCAUCUGUCCUUGUGCCAGCUCCCCAGAGGCUCUCACCGUCGCCAUCCGGAGGCCCACAGAUGACAGCAACCAGCCCCCGGGCCGGGGUGUCCUCUCCAUGCAUGGGCUUACCUACGGGGUCAUCCGGGUGGACUCCGAAGAAAAGCUGUCUGUGCUCACCGUGCAGGAUGUCGGCCUCGUGAUGCCUGGCGCCAUCAUGUGUUCAGUGAAGCCGGACGGCAUUCCUCAGCUGUGUAGAACGGAUGAAAUCGGGGAGCUCUGCGUGUGCGCCAUUGCCACGGGCACGUCCUAUUACGGCCUCUCGGGCAUGACCAAGAACACCUUCGAGGUGUUCCCCGUGACGAGCUCGGGGGCCCCUGUCAGCGAGUACCCCUUCGUAAGGACAGGCCUGCUGGGCUUCGUCGGCCCCGGGGGGCUCGUCUUCGUGGUGGGCAAGAUGGACGGGCUCAUGGUGGUCAGCGGGCGCAGACACAACGCGGACGACAUCGUCGCCACAGCGCUGGCCGUGGAGCCCAUGAAAUUCGUCUACAGAGGAAGGAUAGCUGUGUUUUCCGUAACUGUCCUGCACGACGAGAGGAUAGUGAUUGUGGCCGAGCAGAGGCCAGACUCCACGGAGGAGGACAGCUUCCAGUGGAUGAGCAGGGUGCUGCAGGCAAUUGACAGCAUACAUCAAGUUGGGGUUUAUUGCCUGGCCUUGGUUCCAGCAAACACCCUCCCCAAAACCCCACUCGGUGGGAUCCACUUGUCAGAAACGAAGCAGCUCUUCCUGGAGGGCUCACUCCACCCCUGCAACGUCCUGAUGUGUCCCCAUACCUGUGUCACAAACUUGCCUAAACCUCGACAGAAGCAGCCAGAAAUUGGCCCUGCCUCUGUGAUGGUGGGGAACCUGGUGUCUGGGAAGAGGAUUGCGCAGGCCAGCGGCAGAGACCUGGGCCAGAUAGAGGACAAUGAUCAGGCCCGCAAGUUCCUGUUUCUGUCGGAGGUCCUGCAGUGGAGGGCGCAGACCACCCCCGACCACGUCCUGUACACGCUGCUCAACUGUAGGGGUGCCAUCGCAAGCUCACUGACGUGUGUGCAGCUGCAUAAGCGCGCCGAGAAGAUCGCCGUGAUGCUACUGGAGAGAGGGCACCUGCAGGACGGGGACCACGUGGCUCUCGUCUACCCACCAGGAAUAGACCUGAUUGCAGCUUUUUACGGCUGCCUGUAUGCGGGCUGCGUGCCCAUAACCGUCCGCCCCCCGCACCCGCAGAACAUCGCCACCACGCUGCCCACCGUGAAGAUGAUCGUGGAGGUGAGUCGCUCUGCCUGCUUGAUGACAACACAGCUGAUCUGUAAGUUGUUGCGGUCCCGGGAGGCAGCUGCGGCCGUAGACGUCAGGGCGUGGCCCCCCAUACUGGACACAGACGAUUUGCCAAAGAAACGGCCUGCCCAGAUCUACAAACCUUCCAACCCAGACACGCUAGCUUAUCUUGACUUCAGUGUGUCCACAACGGGGAUGCUGGCUGGAGUGAAGAUGUGCCACGCAGCCACCAGUGCCUUCUGCCGCUCCAUCAAGCUGCAGUGUGAGCUCUACCCCUCGAGAGAAGUGGCCAUCUGCUUGGACCCGUACUGCGGACUUGGGUUUGUCCUGUGGUGCCUCUGCAGCGUGUACUCUGGGCACCAGUCCAUUCUCAUCCCGCCUUCUGAGCUGGAAACCAACCCUGCCUUGUGGCUUCUUGCCGUGAGUCAGUACAAAGUCCGGGACACGUUCUGCUCCUAUUCAGUGAUGGAACUUUGUACCAAGGGGCUGGGCUCACAGACAGAAUCACUCAAGGCACGGGGCCUGGACUUGUCCCGCGUGCGGACCUGUGUGGUCGUGGCAGAGGAGCGGCCUCGGAUAGCGCUCACCCAGUCUUUCUCAAAGCUCUUUAAAGACCUGGGUCUCCACCCGCGGGCUGUAAGCACCUCCUUCGGCUGCAGAGUGAACCUGGCCAUUUGCUUGCAGAUAUUCAAAAAGUUAAGAAGAGUCAUGGAAUGUUAAAGAGGGGGAAAAAGCCAAUUGAACUUCUAGAAAGGAAAACUACAAUAUUUGGGAUGAAAAAUAUAAUGAUGGAAUCGAUGGCAGAAGAAAGUAUUGGUGAACUUGAAGACAUAGCAAUGGAAACUUUGCAAAAUAAAACAUAGAAAGAAAUUUAAUGGUAAGAACAUCAGUGAACUGUGGGAUAACUUUAGGUGACUUAAUAUAAGAAGCUUGGAGUCCCCAAAAGAGGAAGAAGGAGUCUGUACCCAGAAAAAAAUAUAUGAAGAACUAUUUUAAUUUUGAUGGAACAAAUCUCAAAGCUCAGCUACCUCCAAUAUAACAUGAAGGAAACUGCUUGCGUUGCUCAAAACCAGUGUUACAGGGAAUAUCUUAAAAGCCUCCAGAUGGGGGGAAAAGGCAAGUUGCGUACAAAGGAACAAUGAUAGGGAUCAUUUCAUAUUCCUUAUCAGAAAUGAUGUGAAAAAGACAGUAGAGGACAUCUUUACAGAAAGAAAAGAACUAUCAACCUAGAAUUUUACACUCAGUGGGUAUAUCUUUCAAGAACACAGGCUAACUACUUUUUUUAGCCACAGGAAAACAAGCUGAGGACUUACCAUCAGCAUACCCACGCAGGAAGACAUAUUAAAAUCCUUUCAGAAAAGAAAUGAUACCAGAUUGAAAUAUGGAUCCGUACAACAAAUGAGUAGUGUUGGAAAUGGCAGCUGCAUUGGUAAACAUAUAAGACUUUUAGCACUGCUUAAAUCUCUUUAGAAGAUUAUCGAUGGCUUAUACAGAAAUGGUAAUUUAUCAUAUGUGAAAAUCAGUAUGACAACUGUCCAGAGGUUGGGAAGGGAGAAAUGGAAAUAUAAGGUCACAGGGUUUCUAUACCAUACAUAAAGUGGCAUAAUAUCACUUGAAGGUAGGCUGUGGUAAAGGUGUGUGCCAUAAACCCAAAAGUGACCAUGAAUUUUGUUUUCUUUAAGCAGGUAAUAAACUAAUAAGCCAACAAGGGAGAGAUAAAAUGCACCUAUAAAGCAAUACUAAAUACAAAACAAGUCUGAAAAGAAGGGCAAAAAUAUAGAUGGAAUGAAUAAAAAAAAGAUGGAUUUAAACUUGACCACGUUAGUGAUUCAAUAAAUAUAAAUGGUCUAAACACCCCAAGUAAGAUGCAGAGAUCAUGAUAUUGGAUUUUUAAAGAGCAAAACCUAGCUAUAUGUAGCCUACAACAAACACGUUUUAAAUUUUUUUAAUGUUUAUUUAUUUUUGACAGAGAGAGCAUGAGUGGGGGAAGGUCAGAGAGAGAGGGAGACACAGAAUCUGAAGCAGGCUCCAGGCUCUGAGCUGUCAGCACAGAGCCCGCCGUGGGGCUCGAAAUCACAGACUGCGAGAUCAUGACCUGAGCCAAAGUCUGAUGCUCAACCAACUGAGCCACCCAGAUGCUCCCUUUUAUUAAAAAAAAAUGUUAAUGCUUAUUUAUUUUUGGCAGAGAGACAAACAUGUUUUAAACACAAAUAGAUUAAAAGGAAAAGGACAGAAAAGUUGUACCAUACUAACCUUAAAGGAGAGCUGAAGUGGCUGUAUGAUUAUCUAGCAAUAUUAAUUUCAAAACAGAGAAUACUGCAGGGAUGGAGAAGGUAAUUAUAAGAAGGUAAUUUAGUAUAUACAAGAAAGAAAGUGAAUCUACAAUCCAAAACCUUGACAGGAGAGAGAGAGAAAAAAAGAAUGUCUAGGCUCAGAUGAUUUCACAGAAAAAAUACCAAUCCUAGAAAAACUUGUUCAGAAAAGAGGAAAAUGGAACACUGUCCAACAUGUUUUAUGAAAGGAGCAUAACCUAAAUACCAGUAUCUGACAAAAAUUCUCAAAGUGGGGUGCCUGGGUGACUCCGUUGGUUAGGUAUCCAACUUCAGCUCAGGUCAUGAUCUUGUAGUCCAUGGGUUUGAGCCCUGCAUCAGGUUCUGUGCUGACAGCUCAGAGCCUGGAGCCUGCUUCAGAUUCUGUGCCUCCCUCUCUCACCGCCCCUCCCCUGCUCAUGCUCUGUCUCACUUUGUCUCUCAAGAAUAAACAAACAUUAAAAAAAAUUCCCAGAAAGUAAAAUCCAGGCCAGUAUCCCACAUGAAAGAAAUUCUCAACAAAAUACUAGCAUAUUAAAUGCAGCAACAUAUACAAAGAGUAGUACAUCAGGAGUACCUGGGUUGCUCAGUCAGUCUAGCAUCCAACUCUUGAUUUUGGCUUGGGUCAUGGGCCCCACAUUGGGCUCUGUGCUGAGUUUGGAGUCUGGGAUAUUCAUUCUCUCUCUCCCCCCUUCCCCUGUUCGUUCUCUCCCUCCCUCUCUCUCAAAAUAAGCAUUUUUUUUUAAGUUAAAAGUGCAUCCUAACCAAACAUGUUGUAGCUCAGGAAUACACAGUUGCUUUAUCAUUUAAAAACAGUGUGAUUCAUAUUAACAGAAUGAAGGAGAAAAAUAAUAUAGUAUGAUGUAUCCAUAGAUGCAGGAAAUGCAUUUGAUAGAAUUCAGUGCUCAUUCAUGGGAUAACUAGGAAGACAAUCUGAGAAAAUUAUUCAAUCUGAGCUAAAACAUAAAAAAGCUGGAACCUCAUACUCAGUGGUCCACUUUGAGAGCUUUUUCCCUAAAAUCAGGAACGUCAGCAUUGUAUUAGAAGUCCUAGCCAAUGUGAUAAGGCAUAAAAAACCCAAACUCUGGAAGUGGAGAGCUAAAGUUUGUUUUUUUUCAGACUGCUGGAUAGUGAAUGUAAAAACUCCCAUGGAACUACAAAACUACAAUUGCUAGUGUGUGAAGUUACAAAGACACAAAAUAAAAUUUAUACAUGGCACCAAAGCAGACACUCAGAUCAAUGGAACAGAAUAGAGAACCCAGAAAUGGACCCACAAAUGUAUGACCAACUAAUCUUUGAUAAAGCAGGAACUAAUAUCAAAUGGAAUAAAGACAGUCUCUUCAGAAAGUGGUGCUGGGAAAACUGGACAGCAUCGUGCAGAAAAAUGAACCUGGACCACUUUCUUACACCGUACACAAAAAUAAACUCAAAAUGGAUGAAAGACCUAAAUGUAAGAUGGGAAGCCAUCAAAAUCCUUGAGGAGAAAGCAGUCAAAAACCUCUUUGACCUUGGCCACAGCAAUUUCUUAUUCAACACAUCUCCAGAGGCAAGGGAAAACAAAAAUGAACUAUUGGGACCUCGUCAAAGUAAAAAGCUUCUGCACAGCGAAGGAAACAACCAGCGAAACUAAAAGGCAACCAAUGAAAUGGGAGAAGACAUAUCUGAUAAAACAACAUAUCAGAUAAAGGGUUAGUAGCCAAAAUCUAUAAAGAACUUAUCAAACACCCAAAAAACAAAUAAUCCGGUGAAGAAAUAGUCAAAAGACAUGAAUAGACACUUCUCUAAAGAAGACAUCCAGGUGGCCAACUGACACAUGAAAAAAUGCUGAACAUCAUUCAUCAUCAGGGAAAUACACAUCAAAACCACACUGAGAUACCACCUCACAUCUGUCAGAAUGGCAACAUUAACAACUCAGGCAACAACAGAUGUUGGCAAGGAUGUGGAGAAAGAGGAUCUCUUUUGCAUUGUUGGUGGGAAUGCAAGCUAGUGCAGCCACUCUGGAAAACUGUCUGGAGGUUCCUCGAAAAACUAAAAGUAGAACUACUCUAUGACCCAGUAAUUGCACUACUAGGCAUUUAUCCACAGGAUGCAGUGUGCUGUUUCAAAGGGACACAUGCACCCCCAUGUUUAUAGCAGCACUAUCAACAAUAGCCAAAGUAUGGAAAGAGCCCACAUGUCCAUUGACGGGUAAAGAUGUGAUAUGUAUACACACACACACACACACACACACACAAUGGGGUACUACUCGGCAAUCAAAAAGAAUGAAACUUGCCAUUUGCGUCUAUGUGGAUGGAACUAGAAGGUGUUAUGCUAAGUGAAAUUAGAGAAGGACAGAUAUAGGAGUUCACUCAUAUAAGGACUUUAAGAUACAAAACAGAUGAACAUAAGGGAAGGGAAGCAAAAAUAAUAUAAAAAUAGGGAGGGGGACAAAACACAAGAGACUCUUAAAUACAGAGAACAAGCAGAGAGUUGCUAGAGGGGUUGUGGGAGGGGGGAUGGGCUAAAUGGGUAAGGGGCAUUAAGGAAUCUACUCCUGAAAUCAUUGUUGCCCUGUACGGUAACUAACUUGGAUGUAAAUUAAAAAAUAAUCUUUUUAAGUUUAGACAUAAAAAAUUGUAUUUCUAUGCAUCCUGAUGUUUGUGGCAGUGUUAUUUACAGUAGCCAAAAUAUGGGAACAGCUCAAGUGUCCGUUAGUAGAUGAAUAAAGAAGAUAAUAUGUGGUAUAUAUGUACAUACACACAGUGGAAUACUAGCCAUAAAAAAGAAUGAAAUCUUGGCAUUUGCAGCAACAUGGUUGGAUCCUGGAGGGUAUUCUAACUGAAAUAAGUCAGUGAAAGACACAUACCAUACGAUUUCAUCCAUAUGUGGAAUUUAAGAAACAAACUAACAUGGCGAGGGGAGGGGAAAGACAACCCAGAACACAGAAUUUUUUUUUGAGAGAGAGAAAGAGCAAGAGCAUGAGCAGGGGAGGGAUAGCAGGGAGAGAGAGGAUCUCAAGCAAUCUCUGUGCUCAGUGCAGAGCCUGACUCAGGGCUCAAUCCCAUCAACCUGAAAUCACAACCUGCGCGAAAAUCAAGAGUCAGACCCUUAACUGACUGAGCCACCCAGGUUCCCCCCAAAACACUGACUCUUAACUAUAGAGAGCGUCUGACGGUUAUCAGAGGGGAGGUGGGGGUGGGUGACGGGGAUUAAGGAUGCACUUGUGAAGGGCACCAAGUAUUGUGUGAAACUGUUGAAUCACUGUAUUGUACACCUGAAACUAAUAUAACACUGUAUGUUAACUAUACUGCAUUUAAAAUACAACAAAAAUACAGUAUUUCUAUAGAGUAGCAAUGAACAACCAGAGAAUGAAAUUUUUAAAAUGCCAUUUAUAGUAAUAGCCAAAACCGCAAGUACUUAAGAAUGAAAGGCACACUUAAAGGUGUACACUAAAAUCACAAAGUAUUGCUGGAAGAAAUGAAAUUCUAAUAAAUGAAUGGAUGCGCCAUAUUCAUGGGGUGGGAGACUCAGUAUUUUUAAGAUGACUUUUUUCCCUCCAAAAUUGAUCAGUCUCAUCAAAAUCUAAGAAGGCUUUCCUGAAGAAAGUGACAAAAUGGUUCUAAAGCUGUUACAGAAUUGCAAAACAGGAUAACCAGUCUUGAAAAAGAACAGUGUUGGAAGGGCUUACCUAUCUGAUUUCAAAACUCGCUCUAAAGCUGUGGUGAUUGACACAAUGUGAUAGUGGCAUCGAGGGAGACCUGCAGGGAAAAGCAAAACAACAAAAACAAAGUAACCUGAAAAAAAAAAAAAAGAAU